AUGGCAUUUAAUUAUGUUAUUGCUCUUGGCGGAAAGUUCAAGAUUAACAAGAAGGGGAAGCUGGAGUCUAUUAAACAGGACGCUCUUGUAACCAAGCUGAAGUCAAUCGGUCUCACGGCCUAUACCAAUUCGGAUAUAACAACCAAUGCCCGUACCGACUGGACGGUUCUAUUAAUUGGAGAGGUCACUGAUAAUUCAAUUCAUAUAAUCACUAAGGCAAAGGAAAAAAAUGUCCCUAUUUUAAACCAAAAAUGGCUUGAUGCUACUUUGGCUUCUGGAAGAGCCGCGGACAUAAAAGCAGAAUAUACAUAUAAAGACAAGAAUCCAGGCACAAGCCCAGGCACAAGCCAAGGCACAAGCCAGGGUCAAGACACAAAUCAAGGCACGAAUCAAGGCACGAAUCAAGGCACAAGUCAAGGCACAAGCCAGGGUCAAGACACAAAUCAAGGCACGAAUCAAGGCACGAAUCAAGGCACGAAUCAAGGCACGAAUCAAGGCACAAGCCAAGGCACAAGCCAGGGCACAAGCCAGGGUCAAGACACAAAUCAAGGCACGAAUCAAGGCAUAAGCCAGGGUCAAGGCACCAAUCAAGGCACCAAUCAAGGCACAGAAGAAUCGGUUGUUAAACAAGAACCCGUCGAUGAGUCGUUCUUUGCAGAAGGGCCGAACAAGGCGGAGAGAGAUCCGGUGAGAAGAGCGUGGUAUGAUGAAGUAGAAGAUGGUCCAUACACAAUUACCCUUGCUUUGCAUCCUGCAGACGUAUUAAACAAUGCACCGAUCAAGAGACGGAACUACGUUAUGUGGAUUGAGUGCAUAUACUCUUAUUAUUUCGUGGUCACUGAUCCUAAAACACCAAUUUUUGUGGAAGAUCCGCAAUUCAGAGAUGCAUAUCUGAUCCCCAUGAAGGAUUACCCAGCUGCUAAGGACGUCUAUAAUAAUGCAGAAGGACGUCAUGUAAUGGUCAAACAAACACCUUCUGCGCUUCUUGGCUCCUCAUGGGACGACUUUAAACUCUGGCAAGUUGCAUAUAAUGGCAGAACUUGUCUUAUCUUUGGCAUUCCACCGGGCCAGGCACACCUGGGGGUGUGGACUCGAACGGAUAUGAAAUCAGCAUAUGGCUCAGCUGAAACGGAUGAGGAAAUCAACAGGGCAUUUCUUGCACUAGGACACGGGGAUGAAGAUGAAGACAGCCAAGGGAGACUGACAAACGGGGCGCUGAAAAAAUGGAAGAAGAAGCGCAUUGCUACAAGUGGUGGAAAUAGAAGUAGAUAUAUGCUGAGGGGAUCCAGUGCUAAGCUGGAGGCAUCAAUGGAGUCAGAAUCUGAGUAG